AGUAUAGUGAUGCUCCAAGUAUAUCUAAUUGUGAGUUGUCAAUACUUAUUUACACCAUACUCUUGAUGCACGUAAGUUUAUUGAUAAUAAUAAUAACAACGAAACAUAUGUACAUCAUUCAAGAAGAAAACGCACGGGAGCAGCUGGCGUUAUACGAGUACGUAGUUUUUCCAGCUCGCUGAAUAAUUUUUUUUUUGUUUUGCGUAACUUAGUAGAACGUGCGUGCACUCCUAAUCUCGACUCAGCACACGACUGAUGUGUUAUAUGCACUCUCUCAUACAUGCUGACAGGGUGCGUGUGUUGAAAAAUCAUCGUUUGAAAGUUCCUUUUUCCGCUAGCACUACUCCACUCGACAAACUGACAUAUGCACGCGCGCUCGCUGAUUUUUUACGGUAACUCGGUCGAAUAACUUUUUACGCCUUUAUCAGAAACAGUAUUAUUAUUUUUUUAUUCUUGCCAAUCAUAUACAAACGCUGUGAUACACUCAACCUAGUUAUCAAUUCCAAGUUCAUUCGCGGCAUUUAAAUCGACGUCUGUAAAUGCACAUACACUUCAUUGUCUUUUAUCCUUCAAAGCGUCUAUCGCUUUGAAAACAAAACCAUGUUGAUGGCGUGCAAAGAAAAUACAGCGUCCAGGACGUGUGUAUACAUAGAAGAGAUUUGAACUGAAAAGAGAGCAACGCGAAGGAUAUACGGAAAUCGUGUGUGCGUGUUUGAACGUGUAUACGGAAAUGCGCUAAAUAACUUACUUACCGUUUUCUCGUACGCGGAUUUCAGAUUCGAUUUCGGAAUCGGAAAUUGAAAGUUAAUUUUGUUCAACAUACUAGUUGAUUGCUUGUAUGUGUUUUUGAAAAAAGAAAUUUAUGGAAUAUGUAUGUAAAUACUGUAUGUAUGUAUGCAUACUGAGGUGAAGAAUUAAUACACAAGACUGUUGGCUACAGUGAUUUAAAUCUUAGAAAAUUUCUUUUAAUUGGAUAGAAAUCAAGGUGUCAAAUAAGGAAUGUGUCAAAUUUGUCAAAUCAAAUGUCAACUCGGAGAAAAAAUUGCUUUGAAUGAAAACAAUUAGUCCUUUGAAAAACGCACUAAUUUUCAACACAUGACAAGAAUUUUUCGAGGAAAAACAAAUUCAAAAAUUGAAAAUUCUUAUCGAAGUAUAAUCAUCAUCUGUUUAAACAUCCAUCGUUACAAAGAAUUCACGUAACAUACCACACGCAUCUUGCAAGGCCAAACCUACACGAGUACUUGGAAAGAGAGAGAGAGAGAGAGAGAGAGAGAAAGAGGAGAGAGGUUUAUAUACACCCGAUAUCUUUCUCCAGCUCCCCCCCCCCUCCCUCUUCUCUUGUUACCACAGUCAGUGGUAGUAUAGUUUUGUGCGGCAUGCAGUCAGUAAUCACGAUCGCGUCGACCAGUGCAAAUCCAAAGAAAUGUUGAUCCUACUAGCGCUACUAGAAUUAUUGAAGUUAGCAUUAUGCUAUCAUCCGUCGUCGACGCGAAAGCCAGAUUUCGUGAUAACCGUGCCACCACAAGCAGUCUCUAUCAGUAGUAACUCGUACGCGAGUAGUAACUAUGCGGACAAUCCGUGUCAAAUCAAUCCCAAUUCGUACGUCCAGUCGACUUCGACAGCACAGCCACCACUAGCGAACAUCAACGGUUACUCGCAAGUACGUCGCAACGACUUCCCAAAUGUCCUGUCGACAGAUGGACCGAUCAAUCAGAAUUCCUUGGUGAAACCGUUGCUGCAAGCUGCGAAGAACAACAACAGAUACGCGAGUAGUACUUACGUUAACAGUUUGAAGCCGCAGUCGAUAUCGAAUGCCAUCGAUUCGUCGCAGAAUUUACCGGUCAAUCAGAAUUCGUUGGUCAACUCGUUGAGCAGAAGUUUCCAAUUGACGUCACCAUCAAUACCUACAAAUUUACCGCAAUCGGAAGCAUCCCCGAUCUACCAGAACGCACUUGUCAAACCACUUCUCGAAGCUAAAUUGUCAAAUGCCGAUAAGUUUGCAUAUGCUUACGCUAAUCCUCAACUUCAAGGGAAUAAUAAUUCUCAACUGUCGGUUAUCGAACAGAAUCCUAUCAUAAAUACUUAUACCAAUCAAAACCAAUUGAUCUACUCGCUUCCUCAAAAUGCUCCUAUCAACCAGAAUCCUCUCGUCGAUUCGUUUCCCCCGCGACGACCAGCUUUCAAUAAUCCAAUUCCACCGCAAAAUCCACAAGUGAUCUUCCCUGGUUUCAACAAUCAAAGACCACAAAUCACUGGGCUAGAGGUUGCUUUUCAAUGGCAAUUCCUCGAUUGGGUUCAUCCGACUGUUCAACUGACGGGAAAGAAUUUUACUGUUGGCAAUCCAUUGUCUCAAGAUGUGGAUAUCGAUAAUAGAGGAAGAGUUUUUGUCACCAGUCCACAAUGGCUCGAAGGUACGCCUGUUACGCUUUCUGUGAUCACUGAUCUGAAGGGUCUUGGUGGGCCUUUGCUCACGCCCUACCCUGAUUGGACUUGGCAUCGAGCUGACUGCGACAGUCUGGUUUCUGUUUACAGAGUUGCGAUCGACGAGUGUAACCGCCUGUGGAUGGUUGAUACUGGCAGUGCGAGUGGACAAUCAGUAUGCCCAAUGAAAUUGUUGGCGUUCGAUUUGAAAACAGAUCAGGUGCUGCUUAAAUACAUCAUACCGGAAGAUCAAACAGUCAGUCGCAAAGCGCAGUACGUCAAUCCAGUAGUCGAAGUUGGAGAUAAUUGUCAAGAUACUUACGUUUACGUAGCCGACGUGAUCAAGCAUGGUUUGCUGGUGUAUAGUCUUCGUGAGAAUCGGUCAUGGAGAUUGGACAAUACGCCAGGCAAUGCUUUUGGCAACGAUCCUCAGGCUGGAAGGAUUGUCAUUGCUGGCGAACCCAUUGACUUGACUGAUGGUACGCUCGGUGUUGCACUGUCGCCACGUGGAUUUUAUUCGAAAAGAUAUCUCUACUUCAACUCCCUGGCAAGCUUUUACCAGAAGUUCGUCGACACGGACUCGUUGAAGCGCAGCCUCUACACAAGCCCACCACUAGUUUAUCAAUCGGUGGCGCGCCGAGUAAGUCAAGCAGGUGUCCACGCGAUAUCAAAAACCGGCGCGAUGUUCUUCCAAUUGGCCGGUUACACGGCACUCGCGUGUUGGAAUAUCGAGCGACCGUUCCUUCCUGAGAACGUCGUCGUCUUGGCGCAGGAUCCUGAAACUUUGCAAUACGUCAGCGGCAUUAAAGUGCUAACGAACGCCUCUGGCGAAGAAGAGGUGUGGUUCAAUACCAACAGAUUGCAGAAGACGAUUAACAAAUCGAGAAACAUCAACGACGUUAAUUUCAGGCUGAUUCAUGGCAAAGUCGACGAUUUGAUUAAGGGCACGAGGUGUCAGCCGACUGGCUACACCCAGAGCCAACCUAAUUAUAAUGGAUGGAGGCUUGUGUGAAACGAAACAGACGCCUUGAGAUUGCGUGCGAGGUGUACACUCGACGAACUGAAGUGAUUACUGUUACUUGUUACAGAUUACGCAUUGAUCGUUACCUCGUGUAUCUUACGUUUUCUGUAAUAAAGCCAGGCAGCCUCCCUUCCUACGCGCGCGCUUUCACAUUUUUCUUCCAACCUGCAAUGGCGACGCUCGCAACUGACCCCUUUGACCUCGAGAAACGUCUGAUUUGGGACACCGAGAGCCGCGUUUUGGAAAAGCACCAGCCAACAACGACACGAGCAGGAGUAGCGCAGUGUAGCAGUGUCCUCAACAACUGACCAGCAGCGUAUAAACCGUCCGUAUCCUUUGCGGUUGACAGUUGACCCGUUCGCCGAUCGCGCGAGCCGCACAACACACGCGCGCGCGCGAGCGUCAAAAAUAUAGCGAGGACGCCGGAUCUCGAGCAUUGCCGCUGCUGCACUCGAGUGGAGUCGCGCACGAGUGGCCAGGGGCACCCUGCCGCUACUGCUGGGCAUGACAGUAGCCAAUUUAGUUAACCGUUUCAUUGCCUCCUUUCGAGACGACGCCGUCGCCGACUGCUGUUGUUGACAACUGCCUCUUCUGUUUUAUAACUUUCAUGGAUAUCGCCAGUAGGUUACUUUUCGUUCCAGCUAUCGAUGCUUUUUAUUAGCACUGCGCAGGACAGCGCCAGAGUUUGGCUGGCGCGGAAGGGCCAUCGCUGUCGAUAGCCGGCUGACGGUCAGCAAUGGCAGACGAAGCGUACGGACGCGAGCGGGCCAGCGAGGAGCGAAAGUUCGGCCGAGCGGGGGAGCGAGUGAGAGGUGCGCGCGGAACGAAAUGUUUGCGUCAAUUACGGGCAAGUGCAAGGCGGCGAGCGGCGCACUUUUAAUGAUCGUAACUUUUAACGAGCUGCCGCCGCCGCCGCCGCCGCCGCCACCGCCUUUUCAAUGAAUGAUCCGCGCGCGCACGCGCCGUCGCCUUUUACGAGUCGCCGCUGCAGCUCGCCCGUUGAUUAACUUUUUUCCUCGAUGGAUCGCAUUAACCGGCCGGUGACGAGUCCAAUCCUCCGUCAGCGCCGUCACUCGCCGUGGACUUCAUUCGCGGCUCUCGGGGGCCAAUUUCCGGUUAUCGGCGAGCGAAGAACAAGAGGCCGGAAAUGGAGUUUGGCCGCGCGGAAAGCCACGAGGCUCUUUACCAGGCGCACUUUCCCAGCGCACGCGUGCGUCGCCGUGGCUGCGAAAGCUCGAGCGCCCUCCGCCGGAAUUUCGAUACGUGGGAGACGGCUUUUU